CGGAAGAAGAAAUAUGAACUAUGCUACAUCGAGAGAUUGACUGAUCGAUACCGGGGAUCUCUUGCUGUUGACACGAUGUCUGACCGAGAUGGGGGGGCCUCAGAGCCAGCUGGACUGGAUGGCCUGCCGCCACUCUACAGCAUUUACAAGGGAGAGGUGGUUUCUGUGCAAACCUACGGAGCCUUUGUCCGGCUGCCCGGAUACAGGAAGCAAGGUCUGGUGCAUGUGAGUGAGAUGUCUGCCACUCGGAUAGAGAGUGCUUCAGAGAUAGUGGAUGUGGGGGAGCAGGUGUGGAUUAAAGUCAUUGGGAGAGAGAUCCAGGGUGACAAGGUGAAGCUGUCCUUCUCAAUGAAAGCUGUCAAUCAGGGCACGGGGAGGGACUUGGACCCCAACAACGUCAUGGCAGAGCAGGAUGCAAGGCGGCGCCGACAGUUCAAAGACCACACUGGCAACAGGAUCACGCUGGAGGCCGUGCUCAACACAACAUGCAAGAAGUGUGGCUGCAAGGGUCACUUCACAAAGGACUGCUUCUCUGCUCCGGGCUUGCAAUACGCUCUUGUGCCUGAAGAGGAGGACGAAGAGCCACAGCAGCAGCAGCAGCAGCAGCAGCAGACCUCCACCGUCACGCCACAGCAAGACUCAGACAAAAAGAAGAAAAAGAAGGAAAAGAAAAUGAAGAAAAAGAAGAAGCGGGAGAGGAAGGGGUCGGAGAGCGACAGCAGCAGCAGCAAUGAAUGCAAAUCCAAGAAGCGGCGCCACGACCACAGCCGCGACAGAGAGGACAAGAAGAAGAAAAAGCACAAAAAACACAAACCGCACAAACACAGCUGAGACGCACACUGAUUCACAAUGGCACACACUGAGGCUGUCGGACAGACGCGGGAGGGGAAGUGGCUAGCAGCAGAGUGGCGACCUUCCAGCUGUGUAACGUUUAGAAACAUGUCUACCAACUGCUUAUUAUAGACACCCCCAUCCAUUUAAGUUCAGGAAAGUUUGGCUUCAUCUGCCACCACGCUAUCGGAAAGCGCUUCCUGUCAAGCUUUCAGACUCAUGCUUCGACCCUCCCCUUGUCCCGGAGUAACCUCCAGCUCCCCCGCAGAGGCGGCCCUCUGCACAUCCACUGUAAUCCAAGAGGUGUAAUGAAUACGGCAGCAAGUGGAGCGCCCCUUCCUUUAGAAGCCCGCAUAUUGUCCGCCGCUCUCCAGUGUCUCUGGGAAAGCCAUUAAAGCGCACAAGGAGGUGAAAUCUAUAGACAUACACACAUAUCACACACACAGGAAGUAGUAAAGAUGCAAACAGGAAGUGUAAUGCAGCUUAGCCUGUGUGCAACAGGAACCUCAGGAUGUGCUCAUGUCCUGAGGUUGUCCGGCACCCAUUGACUGCCUGAAAAUUCACAUGUGUGUAAACAGCCCUUUUCCUGCAUGCUAAGUGGUAAGAUCAUUAAAGCUGUGUGAUUUUUUUUUUCUUUAAGUCUUUGACGGUAACUAAAUGCUUCCCAGUGUCUUUGUUCAAGGACCUUGACCUGAGAAUGGCCAUGUUAGAGUCACACACACACACACACGGCCAACAUGCUCACCCAAGGUCACUGUCAGUUAAUGUUUUCAGCUGAAGCACGCAGGGCUCAAGUAUUUACACCACACAGAUCUUAAGUCUUCCUUUGGGGUCAAAGCAACACUUCUGUCCAACAUAAUUAUGCUUGUUGCAUGACUCACUGUGAGAAUCCAUUGUUAGUAAUAAUUUUAAACAUUAAAACAAAAAAACAAAAAAUAACAGACAGCUGUGUUGUGAUGGUUGUGAUUUACCCUU